AUGUCACUCACACCUCAGCAAAUCACUAUUAUCAAGGCCACAGUACCUGUUGUCCAAGAGCACGGGAACGCCAUCACUACUCUCUUCUACAAAAACAUUCUCGAUGCGAUCCCAGCUCUGAAUAACAUAUUCAAUCAAACCAACCAAAAGAAUGAAGCCCAACCCCGUGCUCUUGCGGGAGCCCUCGCAGCCUACGCAGCGAACAUUGACAAUCUCGCUGUACUUUCAGAUGCCGUAGAAAGGAUAUGUCAAAAACAUGCCUCCCUAUUCAUCAAACCAGAACACUACCCCAUCGUUGGAAAAUACCUCCUCGAGGCAAUGGGCGACGUACUCGGCGCAGCACUAAAGCCAGAGAUCCUAGACGCAUGGACAGCUGCCUACGGACAAUUGGCUAAAAUCAUGAUUGAUAGAGAAGCGCAAUUGUAUUCCGAAGCCGGCGAAUGGAAAGAAUGGCGAGAUUUCAAAAUCGCUAAGAAAGUGGAUGAAUCCAGUAUUAUCACGUCUUUCUAUCUAGAGCCUGUGGAUGGAAAACCCCUCCCUCUGUUCAAACCCGGCCAGUACAUAUCUGUCCAGGUGCAUGUACCACAGUUGGGCUACUUGCAAUCCAGACAAUACUCACUGAGCGAUCAACCCAACGAGAAGUACUACCGCAUCAGCGUUAAGCGGGAAGAUGCGCUCGAAUCUCCUGCACUCAACACAUUGUUUGAGGCAGGAUUGAUUUCCAACACGCUACACAGUACCAAGAACGAAGGUGAUAUAGUACAGGUUUCACCACCCCAAGGUGAAUUCUUCCUCGAUUUAACCAAGAACGCCACUUCUCCCGUAAUAUUAAUCUCCGCCGGCGUCGGCAUCACGCCCAUGAUUUCCAUACUCAACACACUUGUUGAGAUGGGAAGCCGCAGACCUAUAUCAUAUAUCCACGCUGCACGCAGCAAAGAAGUUCAUGCAUUCGAUAAACAUGUCCAAGGAAUCGUCACCUCGCAUUCGAAUAUCAAAUCCUGGGUUUUCGUCAAAAAUUUACCAGUAGACGAUGAUGGAAUUCAGACACAGCAUCUCGCGAGACGAAUGGAUUUGUCAAAGAUUAGAGAGGAAGCGUUGCAUUUGGAAGAUUCGGGGACGACUUAUUUCAUCUGUGGACCGGGGAGGUUUAUGCUUGAUAUGAGGAGGGCUUUAUGGGGGUAUGGUGUGGCUGAGGAGCGGAUUAAGUUGGAGGUUUUUGGGACGGGGGAUGCGGAUGUGGGAUUAUAG